AUGGCGGCAGCGGCAACAUGUUCGAAUCCAAAAAUCCGCAUUGAGUGGGACAGCGCAACGAACGAUCAGAGGAUGAACUAUCUGAAUGCCGUGAAAUGCCUGCUGAACAAACCUGCCUCUGGCCAGUUCCCCCAGGCCAAGAACCGUUACGAGGAUAUCGUUGCCGUGCACCAGCAACUCACUCCCAACGUGCACGGGAACGCAAAGUUCCUGCUCUGGCACAGAUACUAUGUCUGGGCCUUUGAAGAUAUCCUGCGCACCGAGUGUGGAUACAAUGCCGGUAUCCUCUGGUUCGACGAGACGAGAUAUGCCGGGCGCUUCUCCCAGUCUUCCAUCUUCUCGAGCCAGUACUAUGGUGCCAUCGCCCUCGGUGGAAACUGCGUUACCGAUGGUGUCUUCGCUCGCCUGACCCUGAACGUCGGCCCCGGCGGCGGCAACACCCCCCACUGCCUCGCCCGCAACGGCGACGCCAGCAAAACGGCAAACACCAACGAAGCCAUGGUGAAAGCGUGCAACGACCGCAGCGACUACGCCGACAUGGCCGGCUGCGCCGAGGGCGGCGCCCACGCCUGGGGCCACAACGGCAUCGGCGCCGUCAUGCAGGACGUGUAUGCCGCGCCUGGCGAUCCCGUCUUCUUCCUCCACCACGCCUUCAUCGACCGCAACUACCGCAUCUGGCAGAAUGCGAACUACCCGACUCGCGUGCAGUAUGUGGAUGGGACGGAUCGGGCGGGGAAUCCCCUGACGUUGGAUACGGGGAUCAAUAUCUUGGGGUUGAGGCCUGAUGUUAAGAUUCGCGAUGUGAUUGAUACGAUGGAGCAGUUCCCGUGUUAUAAGUACAACUACUAG